AUGAAUCCGCCGGUGGUCCAGCGACGCGUCGCGACGCCUCUCUAUGUGCGAGCGUCGUCGGCGUCGCGGCAGUGCUACCAAAACACGGCGACGAAACGGUCGGCGAGAAGGCACGCGGUAGCCAGCGAACGAGAGCGCGAAAAAUUAAGUCGCUCCAGGCAGCGCACGUCCUUUGGCCUGCUGUUCAGAUUUAAGGGGCGCUCGAGUAUGGAAAACAGCAAGUGCCCAAAAAUAAAUAAUUUUUGUUACGUUUGUGGUCAUAUGGUGCUAAAAAAAGAAGAAAAGGAGCUAAUAAGUUUGUUUAGUGCGGAUUUCACAAAAGCAUAUGAGCAUUAUUUCAAUGAAACUGAUUCAAGUGGUGAAGAUUUUACGCCGAACACGGUGUGCAAAAUGUGCUAUAACACUCUUGUGAAUUGGAUACAUAAAAAAGGAGCACAGUUGCCUUAUGUGAAGCCAAUAAUUUGGAUUAAAGACCCAACCGGGCACGAUGUAUCCAGGUGUUACUCAUGCAUUAAUUUUACUCAGGGAAUGAACAGAAGAAAGUUGAAAACAAAAGUAUAUGUUCCUGCUUUUACUGCCGUACUUCCAUUGCUACGCCAGAAAGGUGACAAACUACCUAAACCUCCGACUCCGUUGUCCCCCCAUGGGUCCCAGCGAGCUGAAACAAUUUUCACCAACCCGACCAAUGUGGCAGAUGUAGAAUGGGAACCCGAUUUUGAAGAUGAUGGACCACAACCGCUAACACAAAGCGAAAUGGACUACAUUGUGGCUAGGAUGGGAGCAUCGCAACGAAAUUCGGAAUGGUUGACCUCAUUUUUGAAGAGCAGAAAACUCACACAGCAAGGGGUUAACGCCACAUCGUACCGGAAACGCCAAGCUGAUUUCCAGACAUUUUACACUGUUAACGAUGAAAAUACGUUCGCUUACUGCCAUGAUAUUCCAGGUUUGAUAAAUAAAUUGGGAAUGGAGUAUAACGCUAACGAUUGGCGAUUAUUCAUCGAUGGAUCAGUUUCCAGUUUGAAAGCUGUGCUGUUGCACAUAACAAACAAAAAACCAUCCAUUCCAAUUGGAUUCGGCAUAAACAAGAAGGAAACGUAUGAAACAUUGGGCGCAAUAUUAAAUAAAAUCAAGUACGAAGAACAAAAAUGGAAGAUUUGUUGCGACCUAAAAGUUGUGAACAUAUUGCAAGGUGUCAUAGAAAAGGGCGGUUUUCCGAAAUACUUUUGCUUUCUUUGUUAUUGGGAUUCGCGAUACAGAGGAAAUCAAUAUCAAUGUAAAGAUUGGAUACUAAGAACUUCCGAUAACCAAGAACAAUUGAGAUUACACAAUGAACCAAUGAUACAGGAUAUUGCUGAUAUAUUGCUGCCACCGCUCCAUAUAAAAUUGGGAAUCUCUGGGAAACUCAUCGAAGUUUUGGUCAAAGAUGUUAAUGGCGCCUUUGAAUGUUUGAAAACCAUCUUUCCAAAACUCAGCAAUGAUAAAAUUAGAGCUGGUGUGCUCAAUGGAACGGAUAUACGAAAAUUAAUGAAAAGUGAAGCCUUCACAAACAUACUAACAAACAAUCACCUGCAUGCAUGGAACGCAUUAAAAGCAAUAAUCGAGGGCGUUUUGGGGAAGAAUCGUAAUCUUCCUUCUUGCAUUCUUCCUUAUUCGGACGCUUUACCACCAACUGAAUCAUUGUUUGGUUACAACGUAGAUUCUGACAAUAAGCAACCAAAUUAA